CGCAUGCGUAUUCAUGCAAUGGACGACAACAACCCCGGCUGCAGAGGAGUUAAAAUGUUUGCCCACUCCGUCUGUCAUAAUGCGGCCCUUGUAGUUUGUGAAAACAAAGCACAGUGAAAGUCUUCUAUUAUCUACUACAUCAGUGGAUAUGCAAUGAAGCUAACGCGGAAACUAGUUCUCGGUAAGGCUAAGGCCUCCGAUUUAGAAAGCGUGAAGAAACUGAACUGCUGGGGAUGCAACCUGACUGAUAUUUCAAUCUUCUCUCAAAUGCCAAAUAUUGAGGUGCUGACACUCAGUGUGAACAGCAUCUCAUCUCUCUCUCCUCUGUCUGGAUGCCUGUCUCUGUGUGAGCUCUACCUGAGGAGGAACAUGAUACCCUCACUCUCUGAGCUCUCUCACCUGCGCCCACUGACACGUCUCAAAGUCCUCUGGUUGGCUGAAAACCCCUGCUGUGGACCUGACUCCAGUCAGUAUCGGCUCACUGUGUUGCGCUGCCUCCCUCACCUCCAGAAGCUUGACAACCAAGUAGUGACAGAAGAUGAGAUUGCACUAGCGCUCAUGAAUGGUGAAGAGGUCACAACCCCACCAGGCAGUGUUCAAAACCAGCUCUCCACAAAUGGACUUCAAGAUGCAGAGACAGAGAAUGACCCGCUGAACUACAACAUGGAGGAGACCAACAAAAUCAGAGAAGAAUUAGGGAUGAAGCUCCUCUCCAGGGACAAGUUCCCCUCUCUUUCCUCUCCGUCCACCAGAGAAAUCAAACUGACCAUGAAAAAGACACAUACUCUUGAUGCGGUUCUACUUCUGCUGAAUGAUUUGGAUGAAGAGGAGCUUCACGUCGUAUACACAGCAGCCCAAAACAGACUCCAGACUUACACACUGAACUCAGAAACACUCAACAGCUCACUGCAGACACAGAAAACCGCUGACAUCCAACACUGAACUGUUCCUCAGCAUGCACUCAGGGACAAACCUCCCGUUUCUCUUUCCAGCUUUAACCUGAGCUUUCUUCUUGGAACUCCAAAACAGCAUCUUGAAGAACUUGCUACUUUUGUAACCCGUUACCUUUUUAUCGCUCUUUACAUUGCAUGUGAUGUAAUUUCGACUGAGCUCCUUCCCUUGUUACCCAGCUUUACCGAGUAAUUUAUAUGACUUCCUUAGUAAACUGAUCAUUUCUCGACAGCAGCAUGCCUACCUGCCUCAAAGAACAAACGAUUGUACGUUUUACUAACUGUAAAUCUAUUUCUGUAUUUAAAGAGAAUAAACUGCAAUAACAAAUGAAAGUAAUUUUAUUUUUUACAGG